UUAAGUAGAUACUGUCACUGUCAGAGGCACAGAGAAUCAUUUUAACAAGGACAGAAAAGCAGAAACCCUUCAGACUGACAGAGACCAGCCUGUUGGAUCAGCAUGAUGGGUUGUAAUGUGUUUCUUCUGCUGAAACUUCUACUGAUUUCAGAGUUUCACAGCCACUGUUCAUGCCUUUCACAUCAGUACCAUUUUGUAAACAUAAACCUGACCUGGACUGACGCCCAGGCUUACUGCAGACAGAACUACACUGACUUGGCUACCAUUGACAAUAUGGAGGAAAUGAAAAGACUAACUGAGUCUGUAGGCUCUGAUUAUACUGGAGAGGCUUGGAUAGGACUGAAGAAUGGAACAUCAUGGAGAUGGCAGUGGUCCUCAGGAGAAGUAGGGACUGGGUACACAAACUGGAAUGGCGGUCAACCAGACAACGGUGAUCCAAAGAAGAAGGAUACUGAAAAAUGUACCGAAGUUCGAGAAAAUGCUCCCACCUGUAAUAACGGAGUAAAUGCUACCUGGAACUUCACCUUGAUUAAACAAAAUAUGAAUUGGUAUGAUGCUCAGAGCUACUGCAGACAGAGUUACACAGACCUGGCCACUGUGAGAAAUGAAGAAGAUAAUGACUUGAUAUAUGAGAUGGUUAAAAGUGGCACUUGGGCAUGGAUUGGCCUGUUCCAGGACACAUGGGGAUGGUCAGACCUGUCAAACUCCUCAUUCCGUAACUGGAAAAUUGGUCAGAAUGACAAUAAGAAUAAUGCAUGUGCUUUAGCUCAGGUCACCUGGCCUGGGACAUGGGAUAUGACACCAUGUGAUGAAAAGCAUCCAUUUGUAUGCUAUGAUGAUAACCUGAUCUUGGUAAAUAGUAACAUGACCUGGAAUGAAGCCCUGAAUUACUGCAGAACGCACCAUUGGGACCUGGUGUCUGUCCACAAUGAGGAGAUCCAGUACUGGGUCAGCAGGUUGGCUGAGGACGCCUCCACUGAUCAUGUCUGGCUGGGGCUGCGCUUCUCCUGCUCCCUGAAAUUCUGGUUCUGGGUCAGUGCAGAAAAUGUCUGCUACCAGAGCUGGGCCCCAAACAACAUAUCCCAUGGUAACUUGUGUGGAACCGCAGGGGCAGUACAAUCUAAAGACCCACAUUACUGGGUCAGCCUACCUGAGUCUAAUGAGCUCAACUUCAUCUGCUCCAAAAGUCAGGUUGAUCCACGAAUGCAGGAAUUGUUAAAAUGUUUAAACACGGAACUGCACAGAUGAAGUAUUUGCUUCCUGUGUUUCUGCUGUAGGGGUUGAAACCCCAGCUCUUGAUCUUCAGCACUGCAGAUUCAGAAUCAUAUAUGAUUAAAA